UGCUACUACAGCACUCCAUCUAAUACACAUACACCUCUCUUUCGACACAGGUGGAUCGCCACGUUCUUUCCGCAACAACCGACAGGUCAUACCGUCUCCUCCAAGGGCGUUCAAGCUCUUCAAGAUAUUUUCAAGAGCCUCGUUGACGAAUCCCUCUCAAGAAUCCAUCCCUCUCGAGAUUUCCCUCGUCGCGACAAUCCCCCCGAGCGCAGACCCUCCACCCUCGAGAUCGUCCGAAGCCUUUUUGAAUUUCUCAAGGACUUUCCCCAUUCUGAAGAAACGACUGGGAGAUGACGGCAGACGGAUCGGUUGCGACGAUCAUGUCGUCGCCGCCGCCGCCGUCGUCGCCGGUCUUGGGAAACGAGGACAGGAAGGAAGAGGAGACUUCGCUGGCGGAGUUAUGUAGUAUUUGCUACACUCUUCCCCCCAAAUAUCGCUGUCCCCGCUGCAGCACCCGCACCUGCUCUCUGCCAUGCUACAAACGCCACCAACAACGCGCCUCCUGCUCCGGCCAACGAGACCCCGCGGCCUACCGGAAACGCAGCCAACUCGCGACUCCUGCGGCGCUGGACCAGGAUUACAAUUUUCUGAAAGGUGUUGAGAGGGAGAUCGAGGUUGCGGGGAAGGAGGUAGUCGAGAGAGGGAUUGGUGGUGGCAGCCGCGGUGGUCCUGCAGAGAGGGGAGGCAAGGUGUUUGCGAGGAGGGGGAAUCCCGAAGGUCCGGUCCAGCAGUAUUUGCAGAAGAACCGGAUCGGCGUCACGAGGGCGCCGACGGGGAUGUCGAGGCAGAGGAUGAAUCAGACGCGGUGCACGAAGAAUAAACGCAUCAUGUGGACCGUCGAAUGGAUCGAUCUCGACGGCCAGACUACCGUCCAGAAUUCCUGCCUCGAGUCGAAUACGCUUGCGGAACUCCAUCGUGCGCUGCAGGUCGAGAAGACCAAUGCUGCGAAGCGAAAAGCGGAGGCCGAGGCGUCGAAUUCUGGUACGCGUAUUACGAGUGGGAAGCGACAGCGUGGUCUCGAUAAUGAUGAUGAUGAUGAUCGAAAAUUAUCUGGCGCGGUGGAGCAGAAUAUGUCAUCGGAUCCAUCAGCGGACAAGCCGACUUCUUCUUCGUCGACUGGAGGGAAUGAUGCAGGUGUAAGCACUGCAGACGAAAUACAUCCGAACAUAUCAAAUCACGACGCAGAACCUCCGUCCGACCCAUCGACAGAUCUUUCCGAAGAAAAAGCCCCUUCCAACACUACUGCGCAGCCGCCUCCUCCGAGUGCAAGCACGUCCCUGAUCACAAGCGAUGCAGAUCCUAUAUCAACGCCCUCCGAAAAACCUUCUCACUACUACUAUCUCCUCAGACCCUCCACCACCGGACGAGCCAAAGUCCUUAUUCCAAUGGACGCCUCAAAGACCCUGACGCAAGCACUUUCCACCCACGCCGUGUUGGAGUUUCCGACUUUUUAUAUCUUUCCGCAUGGGCCAGAUGAAGUCGCCUCGGCGGCGACGACGAGUAAGCAAGCCUUCAUCACAGAAGAAGCCUACCUCGCCGACCAACGCGCCCGCGAAGCCAGAAAUCCCGCGCGAACACCUCUCGAUCAUGUCGACAGAGAGAGCCAUUCAAUCAGCGAUCGAAACCCCGCUGGCGGUUCGAGUUCGAGUGUUCAUCACAGUGCGACAGGCGCGAAUGCGACAGCCACCAUGACGGCGGAGCAGAGAGCUUCCAUGAAAACUUCUGCGAAUCCUGGAGGUGAAAGCGCUCAGCUGCCUCCGAGUCGGGACCCGCAGAAAAUCCUCGAAAUGCUGAGGAGGGAUCUGUCGGGGAUGAUGUGACAUGUCGCAUGAUACUGUCAUCAUAAUACACGGGAAGCAGGUAAUAUAUAAUCAUCAUGGAAGGGGAGAAUCUGGAAAAAACAAAACUUGUGCGCUUCAUGACAUAUCAUACGCAUCUGUAUCAUAUCUUUGCUCCUUCCUCUAUUUUCCUCUGCCUGACAACAAUAGCUCACAUGCCAUCACCACCAC